AUGCGGAGCGGCACGAGCGGGUACCUCUGCGUCCGCAGUAGGGAAGACUCGAUUAACAUCAUCGCAAAGAACUCCCUCGUUGCAACAGGAAACCCCACAGCAAAUAACCAAGUGUCAAAAAACCCGAUGGGCGUGAUUCAAGACCUACGGCGUGUUACACACAUAUCAGAAGAGCAUUAUGACAAACUCCCCCGCCAACCCCGCACCCCGCCAAGCUCGAAGAACUUGGCAGUCCCCCAGAUGCCGGGGCGACACGGGUGUCCAAUACAAAAUUUUGACUGGCUGCGAGCCCUGGUGUUGCCCUUGUCACGGGAAGGAGCACCAACGGACCGUUCAGGGGAGGGCACUGAAAUCAACCGCGUGAUUCAAGAGGCCUACGAUGGAAGCACAGUCAACGCAUAUAUGUUUUGGCUCGCGGACGAUGCUGCAAACGCUCCCCUUCGAAACAAAUAUGGCGAGAACACAAGAGACGACACUGGGACGGUACCACCUAUUGAUGAACAUUGGCGGUCACCGUUCAUAGGGAAAACAGCUCUAGACGCAGUAUCUUUUCUGAAAUCACUACCGGAUGAUCGCAGCAUCGACUGGCAUUACUUCGCUGUUUUAGGCUCGGAUUACAAGGGACGAGGAAUGGUCACGAUAUACAGGAUUGGAGACGUGAAUUUGAUCGGCGAGGAGCUCGAAUCUCUUCCGUGUUCAGUUGCGGGUUCGACAUUGUUCUUGUCAGCGAUGGAACCAGACUACUGGGAGGAAACCAAGAGUAACCAGAGGAACGGUAACGAUCCUGUAGGCUGA